AUGUUUGAAAACUUUCUUUUUUUUCUUUUUAUUACUUUUCUCUGUGACACAAUUAUUUUUCUUGACUUAGUUCUAGGCAUUUUCUUCUUCAUGCAGACAGGAGCUGGUCUACUGGGAAACUUCUUCCUUCUUAGACAUCGUAUUUCCAGUUUCCUAAGUGGCACCCGGAUGAGGCCUGUGGACUACAUUUUUUCCCACUUAGCCUUGGCCAAUUCUUUAGGGCUCAUUUCUAAGGGAGUCCCUCAAACAAUGGUUGAUUUAGGGCUGAAAAUUUUUCUGGAUCGUGUUGGGUGUAGAGUUACUGUUUUUGUCCACCGAGUUGCCCAUAGUCUUUCUGUCAGCAUCACCUGCCUUCUGAGUGGUUACCAGGUUAUCAUCAUCAGUCCUAUUUCCUCUUCCAUAUGGUCAGAAGUCAAAACUUGUACGUCAAAAUGCGUUUUACCUUUUUGUUUUUUCUCCUGGGUCCUACACAUACUGAUGAAUAUCUCUAUGUUUGUGACUAUGCAGAACUUUACAGAAAGAAGUAACAACACAAAGAUAUGGAAUAUAGGAUUCUGUUCAGAUUAUGCAUCAACCUCAUUCCAAGUGUCACUAUCUGUAAUUAUGUACUGUAUUCAUGAUUUGUUGUGUGUGGGUUUUAUGGUCAUGGCCAGUGGCUACCUGGUGCAUCUCCUGCAAAGACACCAUCAACAAGUCCAGCAUAUUCAUAGCUCCAGCCUCUUGUCAAGAAAGUCACCUGAGAUUAAAGCCACUUACACCAUUUUGGUAUUGGUGAGCACCUAUGUCUCCUUCUACAUAAUCAAUUCCAUUUUUUCAUUUUAUCUCUUUCAGUUUGAUAAAUAUCAAUGGUUGAUUCCAAUAUCAGCUCUCUUGGAUGCAUGUUUCCCAACCAUCAGUCCAUUUGUGCUUAUCGGCUCUGAUUCCCAAAUUCACCAUUUAUUUUAUUCACUCUGGGGAAAGAAAAAAACCCAAGACUCUUUUCCUUAG